AUGCAGCUCGGCGGCGCGGCGCUGCUGCUGUGCGCGGCGGGGCUGGCCGCGGCCCCCGCGCCCGCACCGGGAGCCGGGCCCGAGCGGCGGGCGGCGGCGGCGGGGGCCGGGCGGGAGCGGCGGGCGCAGUUCGCCUCCUGGGACGAGGUGAACGUGCUGGCCCACGGGCUGCUGCAGCUGGGGCACGGCCUGAAGGAGCACGUGGAGCGCACCAAGGGCCAGCUGCGGGAGCUGGGCGGGCGGCUGAGCGCCCACAACAGCUCCCUGGGGCGGCUGCUGCGGCAGGCGCGGGAGGCGCAGGAGCGCGGCGAGCGGCUGCGGGGCAGCGUGCGGGAGCUGGAGGGCCGCGGCCGGCAGCUGCUCAACCUCUCCGAGGCGCUGCGGCAGCGGCUGGAGGAGGUGGCGGCUGACAAGGACGCGAUCCAGGGCCGGCUGGAGCGGCUGGAGGGCCGGGUCCGGCUGGCGCUGCAGGCGCGGCCGGCCGGGAACCAGAGCGCUCGGGACCUGGGGGCGCUGCAGUCCCUGAUGGAUGCUCAGAACCUGCGGAUCGAGGAGCUUCUGCAGAAAAUCAAGCAGCAGCAGUACAAGCUGGACAAGCAGAACCUGCAGAUUAAAAGCCUGCAGAGCAAGGUCAAUCUACUAAUUCCCCUACACCACAACAAAACACAGCCUUCAAAGUGGAAGAUAAACCUGAAGAAGAGCCUCAACCUCACCAACCAGAGUCAGAAUGGCAGUGGGGAGCCCGUGCAGACACAGAAGCUCCCAGAGGGUUGUCACCAGCUCUUCCUGGCUGGGCAGCGAAGCAGUGGCGUUUUCCAGGUACAGCCCACAGGAUCUCAGCCCUUCAAAGUCUACUGUGACAUGACUGCAGAGGGUGGCUGGACAGUGAUCCAGAGGCGCCUGGAUGGCUCUGUGGACUUUGACCAGCUGUGGGAUGCCUACAAGAAUGGCUUUGGAGACCUUCGUGGUGACUUCUGGCUGGGCCUGGAGAAGAUACAUCACCUUGUCCAAGAGGGAAAGUACAAUCUCCUGAUUGAGCUGGAAGACUGGGAGGGGAAUUCCCAGGUGAUUCAGUUUGUCUUCAGUCUUGGUGGUGAGAGCACAGCCUACACACUCAACCUGCUGGGGCCUCUGUCUGGAGAGCUGGAAAACGCCAUUGGGGAAUUCAGGCAGCUGCCCUUCUCCACUCGGGAUCGUGACCACGACCUUAAAGCUGACACAAACUGUGCCAAACACCUCUCAGGUGGCUGGUGGUUCAGCACCUGUGGCCAUGCCAACCUCAAUGGGAAAUAUUUCCGCUCCAUCCCGCGGCAGAGGCACGAGCGCAAGCAGGGCAUCUUCUGGAAGACAUGGAAGGGCAGGUACUACCCCCUGAAGUCAACCAUCAUGAAAAUCCAGCCUGCAGCACUGGAAACAGAGCCCUAAAGUUCCUACUUGAGACUUUCUCUGUGGAGCAUGGACCUGAGCUCCAUCACUCGGUGUUUACAGAAAACAACCUCCCCUUCCUUGGUUAGAAGCCCUUUAGAGGCACAACACUGCUCCUCACUAAAAGUAAAACAGCUCCACAUUGCCAGAACCUCUGGAUGGGAGUUCCCAAACCCGAAGAGGAGCCCCAGGAGGGAGAUCCACCUCCAGAGCAUGCACAAGGGUUUUCUGACCUGCCAUGUGCUGCUGCAGCAAGUUCAAAUUGUCCGGUGCUUUGUAUCCUGUCUUAACAUUUCUGUACUGUGUUGAUGAGCUGGGCCUGGGGCAGGAGGGGCACAGGAAGUGUCUCACUGCCCUGGACCACAGCACUGGGUAUGGAGUCUUGCUAUGUCCUGUCUUUCACUGUUGUUCCCCAAUGAUGUCCCAGGUACCCCCUGUGAGAGCCCCUGGAGCUCCUUCCUGUGCAGGGGCUGGGGGCAGUGAGCUCAGGCAGCUCCAUCUGUGCAGCCUGAGGUGCAGGGCUUGGUGGGAAAGCUGAGAGUGACCUGUGCAGAAGGGGAGACCUCAGGCUCACUUGCCUUCCCUUUGAAGACCUGUAUUUCUGGCUGUGCUGGAAUUUGCUGGGAGCUGGGAAAACUGCUUCCAGCUCUGAGGUUGUUGGGUGAGAUCCUGCAGCUGGUUGCCUGAGGGGCCAGGUCCUGGGCAGCUCUGCCUGCCAGUGCUGCUGGGGGUGGGUGGGACAGCAGUGGGACA